AUGAGCAUGAGAGGGAUAAGGAAAACAUUUCAAGACUGCAACAGAAUCAUGUUCCUUCUGAGAAGCCUCCGAGUGAAGUUUGAUGAGAGGGAUGUGUCCCUUCACAUGGACUACAGGGAUGAGUUGUGGAACCUAUUUGGCGGCAAAGUCACCAUCCCUCCCAAGCUCUUCAUCAAAGGAACCUGCAUUGGUGGCGCUGACGAGGUUCUUGCCUUGCAUGAGCUCGGCUGCCUUAGGAACCUUCUAGAAGGCGCUCCCACUAUCACUACCGAUCAUGAUCACUGCCCUUGUCUUGGUUACAACAAUUUCAGGUGUCCAGAGUGCAACGAGAAUGGUCUUGUCAAAUGCACCAUUUUCACCUCCUAA